AUGAGCCAAGAACAGUCACAGAGGUCUGAGCAAGAACCCAUCAAAUAUGGCGAUGUAUUCCCAAUCCAAGGAGAACUUGCGGAGAAGACAGUGGCACCAGGAGAUGCAGCGCUAAUGCAGACGGCGGAGAACACCAUACUUGGGCAUAUCCAGAAGGGUGGUGCAGCCGCAACCAUGCAAUCAGCCGCCAUUCGGAAUGAGAGAGCUGGCCUUGUGGAUCAUAAUGAUAUGAGUUAUGAUGCAGGUCUUGGUGGUGUGAGUAUCACCGAGACUGAUCUUCCUGGGAAGCGUGUAGUCACCGAGUCAAUUGGCGGACAGGUUGUUGAUCAAUACAGCCAACGAGCUCCAUUGGCACCACCAGCCAUAUUUGAACAAUCAGGUGGUGAUGGUGGGCGUGGUGGUGCAAUCACAAUUGGUGAAGCACUCGAAGCCACUGCCAUGACAGCCAGGCAGAAGCCGGUGGACCGGAGUGAUGCCGCUGCUAUUCAGGCAGCUGAAGUCAGAGCAACCGGACGAAUUAACAUAGUCCCAGGUGGGGUUGCCGCCGCAGCCCAGUCAGCUGCAAGUUUAAAUGCCAGAGCAACAAGCAUUGAUGAAAAGACAAAACUUGUUGAUAUUCUAGUGGAUGCAACUUCGAAGUUGCCAUCUGACAGACCGGUAACACGCCGAGAUGCUGAGGGGGUGACCGGUGCAGAGAUGCGGAAUGAUCCAUACUUGACCACUCAUCCUACAGGCGUGGCAGCGUCCGUGGCAGCAGCCGCUAGGAUCAACCAGACUAAAUUAGCAUCUCCAGGGAGAGAGGCUGAUCAAGGGGUUUAA